AUGUCACGCGUUCCGUUUCCUGACGUGACGGGUCGGCGUCUUCGUGCUCCCUCACGCACGAGUUUCGCUGGCAAUGGCAUGGCAUCCCUAGGCCAUGCCUCGAUGAAUGCGACAAAUAUCACAUGGAAGGACCUGCACGAGGCUGCUCAGGAUUUUGGCGUGUCUCCCAGAGCUAUCAUUUCAGCAGCCUGGGGCUAUGUGCUUUACAUGUACGUUAUGCAUGAAUGUGAUAAUGUAGCGUUCGAUGCCGUCGAUGCCGAUACUUGCGUCGCCAUAUCCUUUGGACCAUCUCUAUGUCAAUGGGAGGAUCCGAUAUCAAUGGUGCAGCUUAGCGAGAAGGCGUGGCUCUCCGACCGUCAUGUACAGAUACAUGGGCCUGUCCUCUUCGUCUCUGCACCUGAUCAGGAUACGCAGAAUGCAUUGUCUCUGGCUGAAUCCACGCUCUCACGCACCAACUCGUCUCUAUCUCUUGUUUUCAUUGCUCAUCAGGCACAGACAUCGACAUCCUCAUCGUCGUCGCAUCCUGUGGCGCUCACACUUCUCGCAUCACCAAGUGUUCACAUUCAUGGCUCAGCCUUGACCCAACUCGCGCAAGUUGAGCAUGUGUUGCAUGCUCUCGUGCACCGGCUUGAUCCAACCAAGUCCAUCCCAACCGAACUUAUGAGUCUCGUAAACCCCCAUCCUAUUUUCAUGUCGAGCGAUAUGCCGGGUGGUAUUGAAUACGAGCGCCUCGAAGACCAGUUUCUUCGUCGCGCACAAGAAACCCCUCAUAUCCCAGCGCUUACAUGUUGCACAUCUGUGUCGCCCCCAUCAUUUGUAACUUGGACGUAUGAAGAGUUGAACAAGCGCUCCGAUGACAUUGCCAAGUUGGUAUGGUCGCGUGGCGUUGGAUACGCUGCGAGUACGUCGUCUGUGCCUGCACACGAGGACCAAGUGGUCGUACUGUGCAUGUCCAAGUGCAUGGACAUGUAUGCUUCGAUUUUGGGCGCUCUGAAGGCUGGGGCUGCUUGGUGUCCAAUUGAUCCGGGAUGGCCGCCUUCUCGGCAGGCUGCACUCCUGAUCAAGUCUGGUGCAAGACUUGCCCUGACAACUGGCGACGACGAUGCGCGUAUCCUUGAGGACGUGUGUCCCGAGCAUAUUCAAAUGGCGCGUCUUGACCGUCCAAUGGAUGCUGCAAGUAUGCUUGAACGCACACCGGAACGUGCACAUGCGACGCACCUUGCCUAUAAGAUCUGGACCAGCGGCACCACCGGCUUGCCGAAGGCUGUGGGUGUUGAGCACGUCGCCGCCGUUCAGGGCAUGCGUGCGUUACAAGUGGCUGUGCCAACUGCGCUUGACGUCCCAGUGCGACCCGGUUCACUGCGGUACUUGCAGUUUGCUGCAUACGUUUUUGACCUAUCCAUCUUUGAUAUAUUUUAUACAUGGGGUUAUGGCGGCACCGUGUGCUUUGCGCCCCUCGACAUGCUUUUGUCUCGCCUGGUUGACGUCGCCAAUGCACUGGAAGUCACACACACGCUAUUUACGCCCGCUGUGUCGGCGAUGGUGCCACGGCACGCUGUACCGACGAUGCGCGUCAUGAUCAAUGGCGGUGAAAAACUGUCUCAAGCGGUGGCUGAUAACUGGUCACAAGACUGUCGCGUCGUGAACAUCUAUGGGCCUGCUGAGGCGACUCUGUCCUUGACGAUGCGGGAAGUCGUACCUGAUGAUGAGGUCAAGGCGCACAAUAUCGGAACGGCAUUUGACGAUGCGCUUUGUGUGCUAAUGGAUGGCAACGGGCAGAUUGUACCGCGUGGUUGCAUUGGUGAGCUCAUGCUUGGAGGUCCGCAGCUAGCGCGUGGCUAUAUCGGUGACGACGAAAAGACGCGUGAAAAGUUUGUGAUGCACCCGACGUUUGGUCGUUUGUACCACACAGGCGACCUCGCCAGGCAGUUGUGGGAUGGCCAAUUCGAGUACCUUGGACGCAACGACGACCAAGUCAAGAUCAAUGGCGUACGUAUCGAGCUGCUGGAAAUCAAUGCGGCCGUCAAGUCCGUGUCAAAGCACGUGCGUGAUGCCGAUACAGUCGCGCUGCCGGGUCCGGACCCAAAUGAGCCGCCGCGAAUCGUUGCAUUUGCCGUGUGCCCCCCACCACCAGACGUGGACAAAGUCAGCUCGCAUGAUCACAGCUCGUCACUGGCCAGAUGCGAGUCGGCGCCUGCGUUUCUUCGAACAGAUGACGAUGCCGUUACGGUGGCGCGUACGUUGCGCUCAGGGACACAGGCUCUGCUGCCCUCAUACAUGGUGCCGUUCCACUUUGUCAUUUUAUCCUUUUUUCCGCGCACGUCGAGUGCUAAGAUUGAUCGGCGCGCUGUUCGUGCCGCCUAUGAAGCGCUGGACCUGGCUGCAUGGGAAGCCCGAGUUGGUGAUGAACAGGGCGCUGGGCACGAUGCCGAUGCACAGCAUAUCAUGACCCACCCACUCGCUGUGCGCUUGUGUUCAUUCUUGCCCCGAAUUGGCUGUGUGCCUUGUGAACAAAUCUCUCCUAGCGUGCGUUUUACGAUGCUCGGCAUCAAUUCGGUGCGUGCCAUGGCGCUGUCGGCUAAGCUUGCCGAAGCAGGUUUUCAUGUGAGUGCUGCCGAUCUGGUGCGACACGACUCUCUCUCUAAGCUGAUACGUGCAUACUCGGAACGUGCGCAUGUCGACCCGCAUGAGUGUCGACAUGCUUGGUACGCAGCCUGCAAGCACGCGUAUGCGAGCACGCUCAAUGUGCCGCAUGUUCAUGUGCAGCCAGCUACAUCGCUUCAGCAGGGCAUGCUUCUCGAGUCCCAUCUUGAUUCGACACGUUACUGGAUCUCCCGUGUCAUGCACGCACAAUCGACUGUAGACCGGCUGCAUGCAGCACUUGAACGCACUGCUCGGGACAUGGACUGCUUGCGGAUGGGAUUUCUCCCUUUGGGCUCGAACCAGACAUCUUCUGGCUCUUCGGCGUCUCCGUAUGCGCCAUUGUUUGCCGCCGUUGUGCACGAAGAGCCACACAUUACACUCCUGUCGUUCGUAGGCGAUGUACUGGAGUCACUGCGGCCUCGUGUGCCAGACGCUGCCAACGGUCAGCCGCCUUGGUUUGCUGCGUACGACUCCGACACACAAAGAUUUGUCCUGAUCCUUCACCAUGCGCUGUACGAUGCACCCACACUUGACUUGGUUCUUGCGCGGAUCGAUCAGCUGUGUGCUGAUCCGAAUGCCAAAGCCCAACGCACGACGCCCUGGACACAGGCGCUCUGCGACUUGGUACCAUCACCCGAUCAAGAGCAGGUCUCUCUUGAUGCAUGGAGCAAAUAUCUGACCACCAUGGAGCACACAUCUUGGCCUGUUUUGCAGACGAGGCGGACUGGACCCGUGCAUACCCUGCAAAUUCAUAAACGCGUCGCAUCAAUAUCGUGGCAAGCUCUCGAACAAACAGCGGCUCAGCUCGGCACAUCUGUGCGUCCAUUGGCUCACCUCGCGUGGGCAAGAGUCUUGAGCGCAUACCUCGGCACGUCGCGCAUUUUGCUUGGAGAUGUCAUGUCGUUGCGUGGCCGCCGCGCUGAAUAUACAUCAACAGGCGGCCCUUUGCUCGCUACUUUGCCUGUCAGUGUAGAUUUGUCAAAAGGCACAGUGGCCGAGCAGGUCCAACACAUGCACAUGGUCUAUUCGCAUCUUCAAGAUCACGCAUCAGUGCCAUUGUCAUUCGUUCGUCAUCUUGUCAAUUGCCCACCUGAUCAGCCAUUGUUUGUGAGCCUUUUUUGUGUUGGAAAUGGACAGUGA